AUGGAUCAUCACAAUCGUCCCAAUCAUUCCUCUGCCCCUUUAACUGAAGAGCAAAAGGGCCUUAUUGAGCGAAUCACCCGUCGACGCUGGCAUCAACGCUAUCGAUCCGGAGAGACUGCACGAGUCGCAGCAGAAGACACAAUCGUAUUCAUGACUCUCUUCGGCCGAGCCUACUUCAACGAAUCGGUGCGAAUUCUCCGAUCCCACAACUUGAUCCGUCAGAAUGUGAAUCUUCUUUAUGGUGGAUGGUGCAAUGUCGCCAUGCUUAGAAUUCCCCCUGAGCAACGUGGUGAAGUCAUUGAAGUUCCAGCUCGUUUGCUUCCCACUGAGUUUCUAUUAAGAGUUGAACCUUCUAUCUAUGCCGCAGCUGAGGAUGUACCUAGCUUCCUUCAGGAGAUUCGAACAAUAGUGAACGAUCCUUAUUCUGGGGGUGAUCAUAAUCCUCUUGAUGUACUUCGCUUACCUAGGGAGAAGCUUGGCCAGGUCUUGAAGGAUGGGGAUGAGGCGACGUGUGCUGUUUGUCAGGAGGAGCUGAAACAUGAUGAACAGGUCGUUGUUUUGAACUGUAAGCAUUGGUUCUGCGUUGAAUGUACUAAUUCGUGGCUGAGUGUCAAGGAUACAUGUCCUAUGUGUCGGGGUAAGGUUGAACUCCCAGAUGCGAGUGACUCGGAUAUGCCUCCUGAGCUGCCAUUCUUCUAUGAUGAUGAAGAGGGCGAGUUUUACUUUUGA